AUGGCUUUCUUGCAGGAUAUGAACGCUGGAAACCACACGAUUGUGACUGAGUUCAUCAUUUUGGGGUUAACAAAGGACCCUACACUUUGUGUUAUUUUCUUUGUGAUAUUUCUAGGAAUCUAUGUUGUCACCUUAGUAGGCAACAUCAGCAUAAUAAUUUUAAUCAGAAGCUGUUCCCAGCUUCACAAAGCCAUGUACCUCUUCCUCAGUCAUUUGGCUUUUGUGGACAUUGGGUAUUCCACGUCAGUCACACCUAUCAUGCUUAUAGGGUUCCUUGAACAUGAAACAGCCCUUCCUGUCGCUGGCUGUGAAGCCCAGCUCUGUUCUGUGGUCAUGUUUGGGACAGUGGAGUGCUUCCUGCUGGCUGCCAUGGCUUAUGAUCGCUAUGUGGCCAUCUGCUCACCCUUGCUGUAUUCUACCCACAUGUCUCCUGGAGUCUGCAACCUCUUAGUGGGGACAUCCUACCUGGGUGGGUGUGUGAAUGCUUGGACAUUUACUGGUUGUUUAUUGAGUCUGUCCUUCUGUGGACCAAAUCAGAUAGAUCACUUUUUCUGUGAUUUCUCCCCUUUGUUGAAACUUUCCUGUUCCGCUAUCUUCAUUAUUGAAAUUAUCCCUUCCAUCUCUUCUGGAUCUAUUAUUGUGGCCACAGUGUUUGUCAUAAUCCUCUCCUAUGUCUACAUCCUCACCACAAUCCUGAAGAUGCACUCCACCGAAGGGAAACACAAGACUUUCUCCACCUGUACCUCCCACCUCACUGCAGUUAUACUCUACUAUGGAACUAUUACAUUCAUUUAUGUGAUACCCAAGUCUAGCUACUCAACUGACCAGAACAGAGUGGUGUCUGUGUUCUACACAGUGGUGAUUCCUAUGUUGAAUCCCCUUAUCUAUAGCCUGAGGAACAGAGAUGUAAAGGAGGCCCUGAGAAAAGCAACUGUCAGAAUCUAUUCUUAG